AACCUCUUAUCUCUUAUUCACAACUGAUUGCCAUAUUCCACCAUGAAAAUAUACAGUGCAAAAAACAUCAACAAAAAUGGUGGCAUUAGCUUCUUCAUCUCUCUGCAAUUCCCCUUCUUCAAUUAUCCAUUCCUCAAAAACAUCUAUACCCAAUUUCAUUGCAUUCUCUUCCUUAAGUUAUUACAAGAAAAGGGGAAAAUCGCUUGCAAGUCGUAGCCUUGGAAUUGUUGCUGCUACUGAAGGUUCUGUUAACAAAUCUAGUGGAAAAGAUGAAGAAAAACAAGAAGAUCCAUCAGUUCCUACAUGGGCCAAACCCGGUACGGAUGAGCCUCCACCAUGGGCUAGAAAUGAAGCACAGAAAGAUUCUUCAAGCGUUCAAGUUCCAUUCAUUGUUUAUUUGCUUGCUUCUGCUGUCACAGCAAUUGCAGCGAUUGGUUCUAUUUUCGAGUACACGAAUCAGAAACCUGUGUUUGGAGUUUUGGGUUCAGAUAGUGUUUUUUAUGCUCCAUUGCUUGGGUUCUUUGUGUUCACUGGCAUUCCCACUUCUGCAUUCCUUUGGUUCAAAUCAGUACAAGUUGCUAACAAGGAGGCUGAGGAACAAGACCGCAGGGAUGGAUAUAUGUAACAUCUAAUAUGCAAUCUUUAGAAUGGUUUGAUACUACAUUCUACAUGUUGUAUUUCAUUUCUUUGAAAUAGGAUCGAUAUAGUUCUUGCUCAUCUGAAGACUAUCUCUAAAGUAUGCUUAUAUUGCUUUAGUUUACUGUUUCUCACUUUUGUAGUAUCUGCCUGAGAAUUUCUUGAAAAACUGAUCGCGAGCUAGUAAAAAGAAAUGUUCAGUCGUUCCACAACAUUCUCUCUCCUUCCUCGUUGUGCUAUCACACAGAACUCUGAAUUUUGCAGUCUACUUCCUUUGAGCUAUUCAACUCUCUGGGGCGGUGAAGUUCAUCCAUUUCUCCAAGAGAAGAGAAAUGAUAGGGAAGCAACAUCAUAUGAAGUCAUGUGAACACAACUUUUGUCCCUGUAGGGAGGACUAUUGUAUUUUUCCCUCAGAAAGGAACUUUAAUAUAGAAAUAUGUCAUGGGCAUUUCGAAUCAGAAAGGAACUUUAAUAUAGAAAUAUGUCAUGGGCAUUUCGAACAUAAAUGCAUAGUGAUUGCACUCAAACUAUUUGGCUCUUGUAACUGUAGUUUUGUGAUAAGAAUGGAAAAUGAUAAAUAAACGAGCAGGACUAAAUUCUCCA